GUGAACAUAAGAUGCAGAAAUGAGAACAAGAAACCACCACCGGAGCCACAUGGCGGCGAACAGGACAAAGAAUCGGUCUUACAGCAAAGCCAUCCGCAUCCUGCAGCAGUUGUUCCCCAGGAUCCUGACACUGCAGGAAUAUCUAGAAGAGUUGAUCUCCCAGCGCGAUGCUUCUGUACCUCCACUGCUACGGGAUGGAGACAGUCAACAGUACAUCGAUCUUCUCCAAACGACCCUGGUUGGCCUUGGCUACAAGCCCCUCCCACACCGCGUGUCAUUUGAGCAGGUGUCCAAUCAGGACGAAGUGCUGGUCAGGGUAAUUGAGAAGCUGUGCAAAAGCUCCAAAGGGCCCACGAAGAAUGUGCUCAGCUUAGGCUACAGACUGGCAAGGGAGAACAGCAGAAGUUUUUCCAUAAAAUCUCCUUGUAUUGAGAACGUUCAUCCAGAUGACAAGAUAAGGAACCUGGAAGGGCGAGUAUGGAAGAUUCUUCUUAGCAGGAUUGGUGAUGAUGUCAUGACCCACCUCCUGGGUAGCUGCUCUCUUUUUCUGGCAGCGUCCCUUGGCUGCUAUAUACAGAUCACAGGUUUCCCUCUGUAUGAACUGCACAGUGAUUGGCACAAAGUUUCCAUACCAGUCAAUGCAGAAGGGAAAACAAAGGCAAAGACAACAAGCAGGACUUUGAAAUAUACCAGGGGGCUUUUAAAGAAAGCGUCAUCAAGCAUCAUCAACAAGAAGCCUAAGGAAGAACAUAAAAAGAAGAUAGCACUACAUUAUGCAAGCAAACGUCAGUCUUUACCAAAAACAAAUAGACAGCGGCUGAACAACAAAAGAUACAAUCAAGACAGCAAACAGAGGGAAAAGGAGCUCCUUGAUGCAUCAAAAGUACAGCAACGUGCAGAAAGGGCUAAAGUGUUAUCUGCGCCUUACAACGUAAAGAGGGGGCUCAAAAGGAAAGAUCCUGAGGAACUGCAUGAGGUACAAAAUGUAGUUUAUAAAAGGCGGAAAAUUGGACACAAGGAAGAUGCAAAUAACGGCAAGGCAGCAUCGAAAAACAUUUGCUUCUCUGUAGGUGAAGUAGGAGAGAAGGCAGUCAGUGUUGAUCCUGCCAUGCCAUCAUGUUCUCAUCACCUGAAGGUGGGUCAGACUCGAAGGCAGAUGUCACUGGACAGUCAUUGCCAUUUGCACACAGAAGGUACACGUGCAUCUCAUGAAAGUGAGAUCCGUCUUCUUGACCAUGGACAUACCAGACAAAAUACACAACUCACAGACAGUUUGACUCCAACUGUCACAAGUCAGACUAGAAAUACAAGGAAGAGAAGGAAACAUCACGAGAAGGCUGAUGACAGAGAAGUGGAAAGAUCGAGGUGUGAUCUAUCAGACACAGGAAAGACUCAACAGGGAAAACGCAAGAGAAGGAGAAAGAAAGACAUUCAAGAUGGAGCUGAAAGAAGUGAGAAAAAGAAUGAGAUACAAAAGGGGAAGAAAAAGAACUUAAACUCAGUGUCAAUGAGUGGAGAGAUGGCCUUCACUAAAACAUCAGUGCUUUAUGCAGGCCAUGUACAGAAAACUGGAGCUGACCUGGAUGGGCUUCCUGCAAGCAACAGAGGUGCCCAAAAGUUGGUGGAGAAGGUUUUCCUGCAGGAUAUACAGAAAAACGUCCACAAACCUACUAACAGCACUGCAGCUACAGAACCCACUCUUGACCAACAGCAGGCUCAGAAACACAAGAUAAGCAGAACUCCAAGGAGAUAUGUUAAAGUCCAGAAGCUGUUUGUGGAGCUCCUGAAGAGACACAAACAGUGUAGAUACUACUACUUGAUGAGGUAUCACUGCCCAAUAAGUCUGGAAACAUCACAAAAGCAGCAAGCAGAUAAAACUGAAGGUUCAACAGAUGAUGCCGUGGAGGAUAGAGACAGACACAUCCUGGAAGCUCCUGUCUUCUACAGGAGGCCUCCACAUGGGACAUCCAAGGAGAAGACAGCUGCUGUGAAUCACAAUGGUUAG